AUGACCUAUCAGUAUCAGGAUCAAUUACAAAAGUUACCCAUUCCCGACUUACAUCAAACAUGUACCAACUAUUUGCGGGUAUUGAAGCCCCUUCAAACUGAGAAAGAGUAUGAAAAAACCAUGGAGGCAGUAGCCAAGUUUUUGAAGUCAGGGACCGGGAAAUACCUUGACGAGCAACUCCGUGAAUAUAGCAAGAACAGAAACAGCUAUAUUGAGCAGUUCUGGUACGAUUCAUACUUGAACUACGAUUCUCCUGUGGUGUUGAACUUGAACCCGUUUUUCCUUUUGGAAGAUGAUCCUUUUAACAACGAAUCAAAUUCAAUUAACCCCCAAGUUAAAAGAGCUGCAUCUUUGACAUUGUCUUCAUUGAAGUUCAUUAGGGCAUUGAAGAACGAAACCUUGCCUCCUGACAGAUUGAAAAAUGAUCAGGUUUUGGACAUGUAUCAAUACUCCAAGUUAUUUGGGUCAGCAAGAAUUCCCACCGACGAAGGAUGCGUGAUGCAAAGUGACCAAAAUUCAAAUCAUAUUGUGGUGUUGUCCAAGUCUCAAUUCUAUUGGUUUGAUGUAUUGAACGGCAACAACGACUUGAUUUUGUCGGAAUCCGACUUGAUCAUUAACUUCAAUUCUAUCAUCAAAGACUCUUUAGACACAAACGCAGACGCAGUAGCCAAAUCGUCAUUCGGGAUUUUGACUACUGAAAACAGAAGAGUCUGGGCUAAGUUGAGAAACACAAACUUGAGCAAUAACUCUUCCAACAGAGAAAUCUUAUCCAUUAUUGAUUCGGCAUUGUUUAUUUUGUGUUUGGACGAUAUUAAAUUAUAUGACUUGUCUGACUUGGCCAAGAACAUGUUAUGUGGGUUGUCGAUAUUGGAUAGAGGUGUUCAGGUAGGUACUUGUACGAACAGAUGGUACGAUAAGUUACAAAUCAUCAUUACUCAAAAUGGUAAGGCUGGUAUCAAUUUCGAGCAUACUGGUGUAGAUGGCCACACUGUCUUAAGGUUUGUUUCUGAUAUUUACACCGACUCAAUUUUGUCAUUUGCUCAUCAAAUCAACGCCAAUUCUCCGAACUUAUGGGGUGAUGAGGGCAAGAAAGCUAGUAUCGACAAUUCUGAAAACUUGAUUACUAUUCCUCGAAAGUUGGAAUGGGAUUUAACUCCUGACUUAUCGUUAGCCUUGAGGUUUGCCGAAACAAGAUUGAGUGAUUUAAUCAAUCAAAAUGAGUUCAAACAUUUGGAGUUCAAGAACUAUGGUUCUUCUACUAUCAAAAACAUGAAGUUUUCUCCUGAUGCUUUCAUCCAAAUGGCUUUUCAAGCAACAUACUAUGCUUUGUAUGGGAAAGUUGAAUGUACUUAUGAACCAGCAAUGACCAAACAGUUCUUACACGGUAGAACUGAAGCUAUCAGGCCCGUGAGCCAGGAAUCAAACCUUUUUGUGAGGAAGUUUUUUGACUCUUCUGUUCCUAAUAAGACCAAGUUGGAAUUUCUUUCUAUUGCAUGUCAGUCUCAUUCCAAGCAAACACGGCUAGCCUCCAAUGGAGAAGGGGUUGACAGACACUUGUUUGCUUUGUUCUGUAUUUGGAAACGCUAUAUCGAAGAUGAAGCCAAUGAAGCCAAUGAGAAUGAUGAUAGCAACUCAGACCGUACUCUUGGUAACGAAAUUCAGUUCACAGGGCCAGAUAAGUCCAGUUUACAAGAAAUCCCUUCGCUUUUUGCUGACUCUGGCUGGGACAAAUUGAACAACACUAUUUUAUCUACUUCAAACUGUGGAAAUCCUUCGUUGAGGUUGUUUGGUUUUGGGCCUGUUAGUGCUAAUGGAUUUGGAAUUGGUUACAUUAUCAAGGAUGAUUCCGUAUCUAUUUGUGCCUCCUCUAAACAUAGGCAAACAUCCAGAUUCUUGGCCACUUUGGAAUCAUAUUUGAACGAAAUUUAUCGAAUCUUUAAAGAGGUUAACAGUCCCACAAAUGAGUUUUUAUCUUCCCCAGUAGAGACCAAGCACACUCAUUCUCCUGCCAGUACUCCAAUUUAUAUUGAGAAUCCCAAACCUGCUGCAUACAAUGGUUUAUCCAACUUGUUGGGAGGCUACGGCUAUUUCGAUAUGGGUGAUGACGAUAUAAAGUCUAGAGGGCCAAGUCCUGAACCUCCAUUCUUGAAUAGACAUAACAGUGGAUUCUCCAUCAAAGAAAUCGGGAAAAAGUUAAGAUUAUCAGAAUAUUGA